UGAUUGAGUCAAAGGACAGCGGUGCUGUUCUAAAGUAGUGUGUGUGUCUGCGUGUGCAGUGUUUUAAGUGUACUUAAUACCUAACAUAUUUUGCUAAAUGUGUCGUUACGUUCUUUUGGGUUAAUUUUCUGACCAGACCUUCUGAGUUUGUGCAUGGUCAUCGUCCUAGUUCGUGAAUCUCAAAAUUAUUCUCUCAGUCUAAUUGACAACAGUUGAUCUUCGUCGGGUCGAGCGCGUUGAACCCAAUGUAAACAAACCCCGGUCCGCGGUCGAAGAUUAGCUGUUUUCAUCCACAAAUUCGCCUGGAAUCAUCAUCAGCGGCUUUUACUGGCCUUUAAAGUGUGUUGGCGUCAACGCGAGAUGAUUCGGCCGUGUAGUCAGGCCUUGGACUGAAGUUAAAGCCAUUUAUUUGAGUCUGUCAGAGUGUCAGAUUCGUCUCGAGGCCUCAUAUCUGUGGAUGAGGAAGUGAACGGACCGAGCUCACCCAGGAGAAAGGAUCCCAUUUCAUGGGAGAAUCCUCUUUCCUUUACUCCUGGGUGAACCGGUGAUCUGUCAAAAUGGAUGAACAGGAGGCCCUGAAUUCCAUCAUGCAAGACCUGGUGGUACUGCAUCGAUCCAGUCGACCAUCUGGUCUGUCUGACCUGAGCAAACCCAAGGCCUCUUCUCCAAAGAACCAGAAUGAUGUAAGGGUGAAGUUUGAGUACAGAGGAGAGAAGAGGAUCCUGCAGUUCCCUCGACCUGUCAGUCUGGAAGAUCUGAGCGCCAAAGCUAAAGUAGCAUUUGGGCAGAGCAUGGAUCUGCAUUACACCAAUAACGAGCUUGUGAUUCCAUUGAGUACUCAGGAUGAUCUGGAUAAAGCUGUGGAGCUGUUGGAUCGUUCAGUGCAUAUGAAGAGCCUAAAAAUCUUGCUGGUGCUCCCCUCUUGCACUCAGAAUUCUGUCUCCAGUAAGGACCUGUUGCCUGCUCAUGAGAACUUGGACAACACAGACUUCAGUGCUGCAGAUAAAAAGAGCAUGUUGGCACUCAUAGGUUCUCAGUCAACCGAUCGUAGUUCUCCUCCUCCAGGCUAUAUUCCUGAUGCUCUGCAGCAGGUUGCCAGAAACGGCUCUUUCACCAGCAUCAACAGUGAGGGCGAGUUCAUACCAGAGAGCAUGGACCAGAUGCUGGAUCCUCUGUCUAUGAGUAGUCCUGAGAAUUCAGCAUCAGGCAGCUGUCCUUCCCUGGACAGUCCACUUGAUAGUGAUACCUAUCCCAAAUCCCGUAUGCCUCGAGCCCUGAGCUACCCAGAUAACCAUCAAGAAUUCCCUGAGUACGAUAUACCAGUGUUUGAAAAAUCGGGGAAGGGAGGAACCUAUCCUAGGCGAUAUCACAUCUCGUUUGGUCUGCAGGACUACAGCGAUGGACGGAAGACCUUUCCAAGGGCGCGGCGGACACAGGCUCAUGGUUUUCGUUCUCCAGUGAGCUUCAGUCCUACAGAGCAGCAGAGCCCCAGCACUAGCAGUGGAAGCAGCAUCUUUACUCCUGAGCUAGAGGAACCAGGGCGCAGACGCCGCGGCAGUGAUAUAGAGCCCAGCUCGAACCCCACUCUAUCAGUCAUGGACAUCAGCCCUCCCAGCCGCUCCCCUCGGGCUCCCACAAACUGGCGUCUAGGGAAGCUUUUGGGGCAAGGAGCGUUUGGGCGAGUGUUUCUAUGCUACGAUGCGGACACCGGCAGAGAACUUGCUGUUAAACAGGUUCAGUUUGACCCAGAUAGUCCAGAAACGAGCAAGGAGGUGAGUGCUCUGGAGUGUGAGAUUCAGCUGCUGAAAAAUCUUUUCCAUGAGCGCAUUGUUCAGUACUAUGGCUGCUUGCGGGACACACAUGAAAGAACGCUUUCCAUCUUUAUGGAAUACAUGCCUGGGGGCUCCAUUAAAGACCAGCUGAAGUCGUACGGAGCUCUGACGGAGAAUGUCACACGUAAAUACACACGGCAGAUACUUGAAGGCGUGUGCUACCUUCACAGUAACAUGAUUGUUCACAGAGACAUCAAAGGUGCCAAUAUCCUUCGGGACUCUGCAGGUAAUGUGAAGCUGGGUGACUUUGGAGCGAGUCGGCGGCUCCAGACCAUCUGCCUGUCUGGAACGGGCAUCAAGUCAGUGACAGGUACACCCUACUGGAUGAGCCCUGAGGUCAUCAGCGGAGAGGGGUAUGGCAGGAAAGCUGAUAUCUGGAGCAUCGGCUGCACCGUGGUGGAGAUGUUGACUCAGCGGCCGCCCUGGGCGGAGUAUGAAGCAAUGGCAGCCAUUUUUAAAAUCGCCACUCAGCCCACCAACCCCACUCUGCCGCCUCACGUGUCGGACCACUGCCGUGAUUUCCUUAAACGGAUUUUUGUGGAGACUAAACAGCGUCCCGCUGCUGAGGACCUAUUGCGGCACACUUUUGUCCACUAGCCACUCCCCCUUCCAUCUCUGAUUAAUCAGAGACUUCCAUAAGUGUCUAUAGGACCAUCCCCUUUUGAGACUCCUCCCAGCAGGCCUAAGAGCCCCCACUGGACCAGAGCGCAUAGCGAAGAGGGCAAUGGCCUAAUCUCACACCUCUGCUGGGGCAGGACGGUGAUUUGGAGCAGCUUGAUUCCGUACGAAAACAUUGCACCUUAAUUUCACUCAGGGGUAAGUACCCCUAAAGACUAAUGGAUAUCGGUACCCCAAAAGACUAAAGGAUGUUGUCUUUUAAAGGCUUUCGUUUAUUAUGUUUUGAAAUCCCCCAUGAUUGUGAGCCUUAGCUCUGGGGAGUCCGGUUGGGUUCUGGAUGCACUGGUUUAAUGCAGGAAGAUCUCGGAAUGUCAACCCCAGAACAAGGCAGGUACGCCAAUACGCUGCUAAAGGGUAAAAGGAAAAUAAUGAAAUGAAACCGAAUAGAUGACAGGAUGUAUAGGACUCUCCUGCUCAGCUGUCAUGGCUCCUAAAAGUUCUCAUUUUCUUGCACAGUCCUCCUAGAACAUACACACACACACGUACAUGAACUCUGAUCGAAGAUCUUACUGUAGAAUAUUUACUCACUAUGCUGUACAAACAUUUACGUUUGCUGACCUUCCGAUCGCAACCACAUACCGGAGUGUAUUCGCUCUCUCUAGCUCUAGAAUUCGUCAGGAUCUCUUGUACCCGUUUCUUUCUACCUUCUGCUUUGUUUCUGUUUUUACUGUGUGCCUUUUUACAAACGUCUCCUUCUUCUUUUUUUGGAUUCUGCUCUGUCUUAAGUGUCCAAUCAUUUUUCUAGAAUUUUAUAGGUUUAAUGCACAGCUACUCACAAGUUUUUCUGACUUUGUACAGAAAUUAUUUAGGACAGCUCGGCUCUCCAUGCUGUUUCUAGAUCGGCUUAAGCAGCUCCGCUCUGCCUUUUUCCCCCUUUUUGGUCCCUCUGCUGGCAAACUGAUCUCGGGUCAGAUUCACCUGUGCAUUCUUUCAACACAGUGCCGUACACUUCAAUCUGAUCAGGUAGGCAGGUUGAAUACACACUCACUCACCAAAGCGAAAAACCCAGACCACACAGGCAGGGUUUAGUGCCUGGACAUUAGUUCACCAACAUUUUACAGUAAGAAUCACUUUGAUUCCAGUAUAAAUCUCAAGAACAGAGAGCGUUAGAUUGGAAUAGAGAAAAAGAUGGCUCUUAACAAGAAAGUUGAAACUGUAAGUGCACUUCCAGUGAACACAACACAACCUGGAUCCUUUCUGCUGAUAUUUUCCAUUCCAGAAGUCUGAUGCUGUAAUUCAUCAGCAGUGUUCUCAUCAGAUGUUCUCACUCUAAUGUAUUUCUGCAGGUUUCAGAAUAUGCAGAAUUUCACAGAUCGUAACAAUACUCAGCACUUGACAGUACUUAACGGUUUGCCUAUAAAUUAACCUCGCUAUCCCACGAUGCCUUGGGACUUGUCAAGCACUUGGUUACACACUCUCUGCUAGUGCACACUCCUGGAUAUUUAAGUGAGCAGUCAUGUUGCUGUUCAAGAUCUCUCCUCCACAUAGUGCUGUAGUGCCUGCCUUCAGAUGUAGGUGAAUACAUUCUUUUUUUCGGGGGUUACCCUUGCUCCUCCCAUAAUUCUUUGGGUUUGUUUUCUUCAUUCCCCGUGUCACAAACUGCCAUUCUUAAUUUGAAGGUUAUUCAUUUCCCCUUUCUCAUAAAUAUGAGAGUAUGGUACUUGUAAUUUAACAUACAUGUAUGUUUAUUAAAUAGUCAUAUAAUGGAAACACAAACAUUUAAAAUUCAAGCAGUGAUUUCAUACUGCUUGUUUUGAAAGCUUGUUUCCACCACUAAAUAAAAAAAAAGUUAUAUUUUUUAUUGCAAUUCUGCCUUUUUUUUCCUCAGAAUUGCAUGAUAUAAACUCACAAUUGUGUUACAAAGUCAAAAUUGAGAGAUAUAAAGUCGCAAUUGCGUCUUAUAGUCAGAAUUGCAAAAUAUAAACUCGCAAUUCUGACUUUUUUUUUUCCCAGAAUUGUUUAUAUCUACCAAUUGCAUGCAAUUGUGAGUUAUAAAGUUAGAAUUGUGAGAUAUAAACUUGCAAUUCUGAGAAAAUAAAGAGUUUCUCACAAUUCUGAUUUUAUCACUCGCAAUUGCAGUUCUGGCUUUAUUUCUUGCAGUUGUUUAUAUCUCACAGUUCUGAGAAAAGAAGUCAGAACUGCGAGUUUAUAUCUUGUAAUUGUGAGAAAUUGAGUUAAACCGCAAUUGUUAGUUUAUAACUCUCAGUUCUGACUUUUCUCACAAUUGUGAGUUUAUAUCUCGCAAGAAGUCAGAAUUGCGAGAUAAAAAGUCGCAGUUACCUUUUUAUUUUUUAUUAAGUGGCUGAAACAAGCUUCCAUAGCUUGCUUAAAGUCACCUGAGAAUAAAAAUAAAAAUAAGCUCUGUACUUGCAGGCCGUUCGCACAGGACAUGCUCUGUCUGGGCUAUCUGUAAAUUGUUGGUCAAUUUUACACAUGUGGGUCAAUGACAUUAUGCCAUACAUUUUUUUUUUUUUUUUCAAAAAUAUAUAUUAAAAAUGCUGUAUGUAUAUUACAUUAAUAUGUACUGUGAUGAGCAUAUUUUUAAUUUCUAAAUUACAAUUAUUUUGAUAUAUUUUUCACAAUCAUGACAGUGUGCCAAAGUCAAGUCUCUUAAAAUAGUAGAUAAUUUAUGACCAUACCUAUUUUUAUGUUUAAAAUAGGUUAGUUCAGGAAAUAAAAUGUCUUGUGGUGUAAUGAUAUUUACUUUAAUACAAGAUUUAAUAAAAUGUACACUCACAUACUCAAUAAUAGUUAUUGGUUAAACUUAGUUUAGAGUCUAACUCUAACCCAUAUGAAACCACCAUGAAUACAAAAAGUUAAUUUUUAAGAAUCACAGGCGCUAUUAUUUGUCAUUGACCCAUGUGUCUGCAGAUCAUUGUUAGUUUUUUAAAACAAUGGACCAAUGAACACGUCUAAAAAUACAUUCUGGUCAAAUGGGAUCUGUCUUUUUGUCUGAACGUGUCCUGUGUGAACGCUGUAACUGUAGCAGCGUAAACUACCCCCGGCCAAUAGAUUGUGAUAAUAUGACAGAAACGAGCUUUGCUGUCUGUAGGGGUAGCUAUAUGAUUACACUCCAAGCAAACGUUUACAGUUUUGUUUUUUGUUGGUCUACCUCCAUUGUGUAGAGUUACUUUGGAAUGAUUUCAUGCGGCUGUUCCAGAUCAUGAUAUCUGGGAGCAAAAAUCAUGGAAGAUCCGCUCACACAAUAGACCCAACUCUAUCCGAGUCCAACCUUGGCCUACAGCCAUUUAAAAAGGGGCAUGCCCACUUUGUAAGCCCCAUGCAGCUCUUUUUUCUUUUGGUGUUCUUUUAUGAUGCCAUGUGAUGCGGGCCCGCUGUUGCCAACCUUGGGUUGCUGUGGCAGUAUUUGAAGGAAUUUCUCCGCACCCAGUAUGAGUAAAAUUUCUGGUCUGUAGAGGUUUAAAGUGCCAGUUCGUAGAACUAAAUCCACAUUUAUAUUGAUUUAAGCAGUGAAAGCAUUACUUGUUCAGAUGGUGUACAGACAUACCACAAGAAAAGUAAGUAGUGUAUGUUUGUAAUGUAUGUACUGUUAAUUUUCUUUUGAUGCUGAAAUGUUUGCACAUUUUGAGACCAUGAUUUUUACACUGAUUUUAAUACUUUUGCCAGUGUUCGUCAGUCAUUCUGUGUGUUUGUGUGUGAGUCUGAAUGCUUGAUUUCUGUUCAAGAGGAUCUGAGAUAAAACGGUUGCCCUGGUUACCAGAUUUGUUGGCUAAGUUGGUCACAUGGUCACUCGCUGAUGCUCUCGUUUGGCACUUCUGUCUGUGGUAAAUUCAUUGCCACCGCUAUGUCGUUACCGUUCCUUGCGGAAUUAACACGCAAACGAUGGCUGGUUCUUUUGUAAAUAAUGAGAGACAAAUGUCUAAAUGCUGACCAGUGCCAAAGAAACUGACUUGGACCAACAUGACUGGUAUCCUGGCUAGAGGAUGGUUUAAUGCAAAUCGGGAAUCUUCCUACUGGAAUGUAAUGUCAGAUUUUUUUUUCACCACUAGGUGGCAUCAUAUAACUAUUUGCCUGUAUAUAAAACGGACUUUUUUUCUUCCAAAUAUCUCUCAGAUUUAACAAUAGAGUUCCGUAGCUGCAGAAUGCAUUGUUUAAUUUAUGAUGAUAAGUAAUUACAGGAAGUUCUCCGUCAACUCAAACACGCCACUGCUGCCACUCCAGGGUCAUGAAUGCACUUUGUAUUUGUUUGUGCGGAUGUUAUAUUGUCUGAGUGUGUGUUUGUCUGUGUUUCAAAGAGACUUCUGUUCUGUGUGCCGGUUGAGUGAGAUUAUUGCCAGCGCACUCAAUGCCUUGCGCCUUGUACAACUGAUGACAGAAAAGUAAAAAAAGAAAGAAAAAAAAGAAAAAAGAAAAUACAAAAGAAGAUUAUAACUCUGAAAUGUACGUUUUUGUAGACAGUACACUUAUCUGGUACAGAACUUGUAUCUGUUGUUUGUUCUCUUUGUCUAUUGUAUGAGAAAAGCCAUGUUUAUAAUUCAAUUUGGUUUGUGACCAAUAAGCCUGUUUAUAUCAAAUCUGUAUAUCAGUGGUACGCAUAUUUUUUUUAUAUAUAUAUUUUUAUUUUCUCUUUUUUUAACUCAAAAUUCUACGCAUGAUUGGCAUCGUAAAGGCCCACCGGGGCUCUGUGGUCUGCUGAUGGCAGUACUGAUUUGCAGGAUGACAUUAUGAGAUUGUCUAUGACGGCUGGCACUUGUAAAGUGUUGCUAAUGAUGAUGAUGAUAAAUAAAUAAUAAAAGAUAUUUAUUUCACA